CUGGUAUGAAGAAAUGAUUAAUGGCAGAAAUAAAUUGACUGUGGCUGGUAUGUCUUGGAGUGCUGUUGAACAAAAAAUUUGCAUUAUUCAUGACGAUGGUACAGUAAUUGUUGGUUGUGGUGGAGGAAACCAAAUUUCGGGAAAGGAAUUAAAACAUGUUCAGUAAUCUGAUGUUCAAUGGUCUUUAGGUGAAAAAUUAUUGUUGUUUAACUUAAAGAAUGAACAAGUUUAUUUCUAUAAUAUCCAGGCAAAUAUUUUAUUAUUAUUAUAACUCUGAAGCAAUGUUUUAAAGUUUGUCGCACAUUUGAAGCUAAAUCGCUUCCAUCAGCUUCAAUGUACAUUUUUCAGCUUCAUGAACGUUUUGAAGUACGUUGCAAUUCUAGCUUGCCUAACAGCAUCAUUGCGCACAGCCUGGUAUGAAGAAAUGAUAAAUGGCAGAAAUAAAUUGACUGUGGCUGGUAUUUCUUGGAGUGCUGAUGAACAAAAAAUUUGCAUUAUUCAUGACGAUGGUACCGUAAUUGUUGGUUGUGGUGGAGGAAACGGAAUUUGGGGAAAGGAAUUAAAACAUGUUCAGUUAUCUGAUGUUCAAUGGUCUUCAGGCAAAUAUUUCAUUAUUAUUAUAACUCUGAAGCAAUCUUCCAAAGUUUAUCACAUAUUUGAAGCUAAAUCGCUUCCAUCAGCUUCAAUGUAG